UCAAUGGGGCAAUGGGCUACCAAAUAUGGAGAAGGGGUCGCGCUGCUCGGCCCAGUCUCGCGGACACUUGUCAGGGUAUAAAUUGGCCCAGCGCGACAUUUCGGCACCCCUGGUUUACGCACUCAAGACUCAGCGCCUGGUGCUGACCUGAGCUGACACUAUGUGCGACGACGAAGAGACUACCGCCCUGGUGUGCGAUAACGGCUCCGGCCUGGUGAAGGCUGGGUUCGCCGGCGAUGACGCACCUCGCGCCGUGUUUCCUUCAAUCGUUGGUCGCCCCCGUCACCAGGGCGUCAUGGUUGGUAUGGGUCAGAAGGACUCAUACGUCGGCGACGAGGCCCAGAGCAAAAGGGGUAUCCUGACCCUGAAAUACCCCAUCGAGCACGGCAUCAUCACCAAUUGGGACGACAUGGAGAAGAUCUGGCACCACAGUUUCUACAACGAGCUGCGCGUUGCUCCAGAAGAGCACCCCACCCUGCUGACAGAGGCUCCCCUCAAUCCAAAGGCCAACAGAGAGAAGAUGACCCAGAUCAUGUUCGAGACUUUCAAUGUCCCCGCAAUGUACGUGGCCAUCCAGGCCGUGCUGUCCCUGUACGCUUCUGGACGUACCACAGGUAUCGUCCUGGACUCCGGUGAUGGUGUGACCCACAACGUGCCCAUCUAUGAGGGUUAUGCUCUUCCUCACGCCAUCAUGCGUUUGGAUUUGGCCGGUCGUGACCUCACAGAUUACCUCAUGAAGAUCCUGACUGAACGUGGAUACUCUUUUGUCACAACCGCUGAGCGUGAGAUCGUGCGUGACAUCAAGGAGAAGCUGUGCUACGUCGCUCUGGACUUUGAGAAUGAGAUGGCUACCGCCGCCUCCUCCUCCUCCCUGGAGAAGAGCUACGAGUUGCCCGACGGUCAGGUCAUCACCAUCGGCAACGAGCGUUUCCGCUGCCCAGAGACCCUGUUCCAGCCCUCAUUCAUUGGCAUGGAAUCUGCUGGCAUUCACGAAACCACGUACAACAGCAUCAUGAAGUGCGACAUUGACAUCCGUAAGGACCUGUACGCCAACAAUGUCAUGUCUGGCGGCACCACCAUGUACCCUGGUAUCGCUGACCGCAUGCAGAAGGAGAUCACUGCUCUGGCCCCCAGCACCAUGAAGAUUAAGAUCAUCGCCCCCCCUGAGAGGAAGUACUCCGUAUGGAUUGGCGGCUCCAUCCUCGCCUCUCUGUCCACCUUCCAGCAGAUGUGGAUCAGCAAGCAGGAGUAUGAUGAGGCUGGACCCUCCAUCGUCCACAGGAAGUGCUUCUAGGCACCAGACUGAUACCCGCCCCCCAUCCCUUUCCUCACCUUCCUUACCCUGCUACUUCCCCUCUUCUGUGCCAAAAGCCUAAUUUAUGGCUCAAAAGCAGGAAUUCGUAUGUUGUCGUCAAAUUCUUUGUUUACAGUGCAAUUUACAUGUGGAUAUGUAUAGCUUUAUAAAUAAACGAGAACCGGGACUUCCAACAGAA